AUGAUUCUGCUAAAGAAAAAACUUUUGAAUAAUGAAGUCAUAGCCCAUAAAAAGGUAAGUAAGCUAAUGGUUAAGUUAGAACAAAAUAAGGAGCUUAAGAAAGAGUAUCAAAAAGUGUUUGAUAGUUAUGAGUCUGAUCACAUGAUAGAAGAGGUACCAAGACGGGAAAUUUCAGGUGUGAAUCCAGUGUACUAUAUGCCUCAUCGUCCAGUAGUGAAGUUAAGCAGUUCAAGUACUAAGAUAAGGCCUGUGUUUGAUGCCUCUGCCUCUUGUUACAAUGGUGUAUCAUUGAAUGACUGUUUGUCCUCAGGCCCAUCACUCAAUCCUGACUUGGUUGAGGUGCUCAUUCGCUUUCGUCGUUGGCCCAUUGCUGUUACAGCUGAUAUAAGAAAGGCAUUUCUGCAAAUUAGUGUACAAGAGAAAGACAGAGAUGUUCAUAGAUUUUUGUGGCCAAGAGACGAUGGUACAAUACGGCACAUGAGAUUCACACGUGUACCCUUUGGUAACACAGCGAGCCCAUUUCUGUUAAAUGCCACUAUCAAACAUCAUUUGGAUAAGUAUCCCCCCACUAGUGUAGUGCAAGAUUGA